GGUGCGAAUGAACAGUCAGUGUAAGGCCAGCCAGCAGGCAAGAACCCCUUCGCUUUCACCCCCUCGUGAACAUGCGGUAAUAAAAUAGGCUUCUUCGGGAAAAGCGGUGUGCUUUAGAAAUCCAGUGAUAAAAGGGGGACUGACAAUUUUCCAGUGAAGAAAAGUGGGUCGGACGCAAUCCGACCAUGAUGUAAGUUAGGCCCAAUGCCUCAACAGUGUCGUGCAAUAAUGGGAUCAGUGGAAAUGAUUGCAAAGCAGCAUCUUCUUCUCAUCGUUAUCUUCAACGCUGCCUCUGGAGCUAUUACGCAAGGGUUGAUAGUGUCGAAUACUUCAGCACCCAAAUCGGCUGCUUGGACGAAAGGAAAUGCAGCGAUGCCGCCCUUCGAUCAAGACCUGCCCCUCGUUUCUAAAGGUGGAGGAUUACAAGAUCUGCCGACGUCACACAGCUACUGGGAACAGCCAUUUACACAACCUUAUUUUGACAAUUCUACAAAACGAGAGGUAACGACAACCGUAGGGCAAAGUGCCUAUCUGCACUGCAGGGUUCGCAACCUUGGAGACAGAGCAGUAUCGUGGAUCCGCAAAAGAGACUUGCACAUUCUCACAGCUGCCCUUCUCACGUACACAAACGACCAAAGAUUCCAAUCGCUACACUCGGACGGGUCAGAUGAAUGGACGCUCAAAAUCGCAUCGCCGCAGCUCAGGGAUUCGGGCAUUUACGAAUGUCAAGUGAGCACCGAGCCCAAAAUCUCUCAAGCCUUCAGGCUAAACGUUGUCGUGUCUCAAGCUGAGAUAUUGGGCAAAAGCGAGAUAUACAUCAAAAGCGGGAGCGAUAUCAACCUGACCUGUGUGGUCCGAGAAACACCGGAGCCUCCGUCAUUCAUUUACUGGUAUCGAGGUAACAACGUAAUCAAUUAUUCACAAAGGGGAGGCAUUUCCGUGCUGACAGAGAAGCAGACGCGGACCUCAAGGCUGCUGAUCGCAAGAGCUCUUCCAGCUGAUUCUGGCAAUUAUACAUGUGCCCCGUCAAGCUCCCAUGCCGCAAGCGUAUUAGUUCACGUUUUGAAUGGAGAACACCCAGCGGCGAUGCAGCACGGGAAUAGCAGUAGCAGCCGAGGAUGUGGCCUUUCGCUUCUCCACCCGCUCUUCCUAGCCAUCUCCAUCCAGCUACGUUUCCGCUAGGAUACGAAAUCAAAACUAAAUUGAAACUGUUUUAUUUUAAAAAUACAAUUAACUCCGUGUACAUAACGUAAAAGAUAUAUAGUGAAAGUUAUUUAAUUUAUGAAGAAUCUGUAUAUAAGAAGAAGGGGAGUCUAGAUAGAGACUAAGACUUGAACGGGACAAUGAGUAAGUUUAUUUAUAUCUGUUUAUGAUUUUUCAUGGGUAAAUAAAAAAUGGUGUUUAUGAUUUAUAAUCGGUCUCCAAAUGUUUCUGAUAUGUAUUUGCCUACUCAAAGUAGUGCGCUAGUGUAGACUCAAUGUUAAAUGUCAGACUGCUCUAUAAACACUUUUCUACAACUAAUACACUCAUCCUUUAUUUUCAUUUACAAAUUACAACUAGAAUUUUCAUGUAGUUAAUGUAUUAUAUUGUUAGAGUCCAAUUGUAAAUACCAAUGUCCUGUAUUCUAUUGAUAUUAAAUCAUUUAGAUUUAAUCUUUUCAGUAUAAUAGUCAAAUUUGUGAAAAACAAACUAUACCUGUUUGUAUUAUUUUCGAGGAACGAAUAAUACAAUAGUUAUAAAUGUACGAUAUCUAUGUAUAUAUGAAAUUUUGUGAACCCAGAAAUUAUUUAUUGAUUGUUAAUGUUUUACUGAUUAAAAUUCAUAAUUUUUAUUGUCAAUCUGACACUAACUAUUCAGUUUUAACGUAAAACAAAUGUCAACAAAGUUGGUGCUCUUUAAACGAAAGUGUCAUCAAAAUUGUAUAUGAAAAAAUAUGUAUUAGAGAUUUAUAUGUAAAUCAAACCUUUAAUUUAAAAAAUAA